CCCGCUGCAGAAGUCCAGCCCUACGCCCUCCGUCAACGCACUCCGUCUCCGUAUCCUUCUCCGGUUGCUCUGCCUCCGUCACCGCUGUGAUCCAAGCAAUAUUUCCUCAAAAGAGGAUCCAUACUCCGUCUCCGCCGCCGCUCCAGAGUCCAGCCUUACCGCCCUCCGUCAACAAGCUCAGAUUCAGCCGCCGCCGCUCCAGAGUCUCACUUCAUAGAUUAGCUUAAUUAGUGUGCACGAGAUUGAAAUUUCUUCUAAUGGCGGAUUGAUUUCAUUUACAAUCGAGAAUUGAGGGUUUAAUCAUCAGAUGGCAGCUGAUUCAAAUACUCCAAACAAUGAUGCCAGCGGGAUAACCAGCAAAGAUGCAUUAACAACAACCCAUAACAGCAUGUUUUUGCACGACACACUUCAAAACUGGGUACAGCAAGCAUCAGUUUAUGGAGUAGCUGCUGGGUAUUGCAUCUCAGCAUCACUUCUGUCCAUAAUAAACAAAUGGGCAAUAAUGAAUUUCCCUUACCCAGGUGCCUUGACUGCCUUACAAUACUUCACCAGUGCAUUCAGCGUGCUGCUAUGUGGCUGGUUAAAGCUCGUAGAGCAUGACCGACUUGAGCUCCUGACUCUGUGGAGAUUCUUGCCUGCUGCUGUCAUAUUCUACCUCUCUCUCUUCACGAACAGUGAACUCCUCCUCCAUGCUAAUGUUGACACCUUCAUUGUGUUUCGCUCAGCAGUCCCAAUAUUUGUUGCUGUCGGUGAAACUCUCUACUUAAAUCAGCCAUGGCCGAAAAUAUUCACUUGGGCUUCUCUUGCUACCAUCUUUGCAGGCAGCAUAAUCUACGUUCUCACAGAUUAUCAGUUCACAUUGACAGCCUACAGUUGGGCUCUCGCUUAUCUUAUAAGCAUGUCGAUAGACUUUGUGUACAUAAAGCAUGUGGUGAUGACCAUAGGGCUCAACACAUGGGGCCUGGUUCUCUACAACAAUCUCGAGGCUCUCAUGCUGUUUCCACUUGAGCUGCUCAUAACGGGGGAGCUAAAGAAAAUAAAGCAUGAGAUCUCAGACGAAUCAGAUUGGUACUCCUUUAGUGUGGUGUUGCCUGUGGGGUUAUCGUGCUUGUUUGGGCUGGCAAUCUCCUUCUUUGGAUUCUCGUGCAGGCGAGCUAUCUCAGCAACUGGGUUCACUGUGCUUGGAAUAGUGAACAAGCUAUUGACUGUUGUCAUAAAUUUGGUGAUAUGGGACAAACAUUCGACAGUUGUGGGGACUAUUGGGUUGUUGAUAUGCAUGACUGGUGGUGUUCUUUAUCAGCAGUCAACCACCAAGCCUAACAGCGUUCAGUCUGAAGUAAAGGCAGAAGCGGGUGAUGAAGAAGAGCAGACGCAGUUGUUGGAGAUGGAGCCCAGCACAGAAGCCAAACUAUCUGGAGAACCUGCAGUUGAGUCAAAAUGAAAAGACAUUUGGGCAAUAUUUCUCUAUUUCAUUGCUUCGGCUUUGCAAUCCUUGAUAGUUAAUGGAGAUCCAAGAAAGCUGUCAGUACGCAGCUUUCUUUCUUGCCUUUUGGAUCAUUUGGCCUAUUGGAUUAUGAUUUUACUGUAAUUGACAGAUUUAUUCAGUGUAAACCUCAAUUCUAUUAUUCAUUGCUUGAUUGUAAUAAGAUAAGGAUAUGUUGAUGUU